AUGGUGGAGGGUAGGAGCUAUCUCCCUGCAGAGGUCAGGAACGGCCUCGAGACCCUGAAGCGGAGGAGGCUCGAGAGAAUGCGUUUGAGUGCUCAGAACGAAGCGGGCGACAAUCCUGCGGUGGCUGCAAGAAGCGGUGGUGAUGCCUUGUGGAGCCCCGCUAACUGCGGGGUCAGAUUGCAUUCCAACAACAGUACAGGUUUACCUGGAAAUGUCCAGAACAAGGAUCCUUUUGCAAAGCGCAAGGUGGAGAAGUUCGAUGUGUCCAACCUUGAGUGGAUAGACAAGAUACCAGAGUGCCCUGUGUAUUGUCCCACCAAGGAGGAAUUUGAGGAUCCCAUUGCUUAUAUACAGAAGAUUUCACCUGAGGCUGCUAAAUAUGGUAUUUGUAAAAUCGUCUCUCCUGUAAGUGCGUCUGUUCCUGCCGGUGUUGUGCUGACGAAGGAACAGCCCAGUUUUAAGUUCAUGACUAGAGUUCAGCCCCUUCGUCUUGCUGAAUGGGAUGAGGAUGAUACGGUCACUUUCUUCAUGAGUGGAAGAAAGUACACCUUCCGGGACUAUGAGAAAAUGGCGAACAAAGUGUUCUCUAAGAAAUAUUCCAGCUCUAGUUGUCUCCCAGCUAGGUAUGUGGAGGAGGAGUUCUGGCGUGAAAUUGCUUUUGGCAAAAUGGAUUUCGUAGAAUAUGCUUGUGAUGUUGAUGGGAGUGCCUUCUCUUCUUCUCCUCAUGAUCAACUUGGGAAAAGCAACUGGAACCUCAAGAAUUUUUCACGGCUCCCCAGUUCUAUUCUAAGACUUCUUCAGACACCAAUUCCAGGAGUGACAGAUCCAAUGCUUUAUAUUGGGAUGCUCUUCAGCAUGUUUGCAUGGCACGUGGAAGACCAUUAUUUGUACAGCAUCAAUUACCAUCACUGUGGGGCAUUUAAGACAUGGUAUGGGAUACCAGGCGAUGCGGCUCCUGGGUUUGAAAGGGUUGCUAGCCAGUACGUAUAUAACAAGGAUAUUGGUGAUGGAGAGGAUGCAGCAUUUGAUGUCCUACUGGGGAAGACAACAAUGUUCCCUCCAAAUGUCUUGCUAGAUCACAAUGUUCCUGUCUAUAAAGCUGUACAAAGACCUGGAGAGUUUGUUAUUACUUUUCCACGUUCUUACCACGCAGGCUUCAGUCAUGGCUUCAAUUGUGGAGAAGCUGUUAAUUUUGCUAUUGGCGAUUGGUUUCCUCUUGGUUCUCUUGCUAGCAAGCGCUACGCACUUCUGAACAGAACUCCAUUGCUUGCACAUGAGGAGCUACUUUGUCGUUCUGCUGUGCUUCUCUCCCAAAAGCUGUUGAACUGUGAUCCAAGAUCCUUGGACAAGUUGGAACAUCCAAAUUCCCAGUAUUGUGUGAAAUCCUGCUUUGUGCAUUUGAUACGAUCCCAGCGACGUGCACGUGGCCUACUUGCUAAAAUGGGUUCUCAAAUAUGCUAUAAGCCAAAGACAUUUCCAAAUCUGUCCUGUAGCAUGUGCCGGCGUGAUUGCUAUAUCACACACGUGUUGUGUGGAUGUAACAUUGAUCCUGUCUGCCUACAUCAUGAACAAGAAGUGCGGAGCUGCCCUUGCAAGUCCAAUCGUGUUGUCUAUGUUAGAGAGGACAUACUGGAGCUAGAGGCUCUAUCAAGAAAAUUUGAGCAGGAUGUCUGCUUGUCUAAGGAAAGAAGUUGCAUUGGCUCAUGUAAGGAGGCUGAGAUCUCUGAUACUAAUGUUGAACGAGUCCCAAAUCUUGGGAUUACUCUGGAUUUUGGUAAUAGUAAAGCUGGUAGCUCAGGCUCUAUGACUGUCGAUGGGGGAAACAGUUCUGCUGCAGUAUCAAUUUUGACAUCUGCGCAUCAUAAGGCACCCAAGCAUUCAGAAGCAAGGGCAAUAAAUACAUCAAUGACCAAAGGAACUUACACUGUGGAUGAGAGUUUAUCCGGCAUGGAUGGUGCUUGUAAUGAACACGGUUCAUGUAAUGCUUCGGCCAUGGAAUGCAGUGAUAAUUCCGAUUCCGAGUCUGAAAUUUUCCGAGUCAAGCGCAGGUCCAUCUCGUUUGACAAACCUACUUCUGAAACAAAGACGUCAACCUUGUCUGAACAGCAGGUUCUGAGGCGGCUGAAGAAGGUACAUCCUGAAGUACAGCAGGUCAGUAAGCAUCCAGAAGAAUAUGAUAAUGGUUCAGUUCACUCUGCCCGUAUGAGCCAGAAGAGCUCAAAUCCUGCCUCUUCUGAUGAUGAAAGAGAGGACAAGCUUCCCAUUUCUUGGAGGAUAAAGCGGCGGCAGUUGGAAACCCAGCACAAUGUUACAAGUCCUGGUGCGAGACCACAGUCAUAUCCGGCUUCCAGUGUUGGUUCUCGAGAAGUGUCUGCGGAAAGAACCAGAGAUGCUGCAGCAGAGUUCCGUCCAAAACGAGUGAAAAUCCGGCUACCUUCUAGUGCCAGCAGGCAGAUUGAGCAGCAGGGCAGUUCGGGGCAGAGAUUUGCGAGGGAGGACAAGUUGUCGUUCACUGAUGGAAACGGAGAGGUUGAGCUGAGACUGGACAUCCAAAAGCUUGGGAUAGAGAGUUCGAGAGAUGUUUUUGUUGACGUCAAUGAUACAUCUCUACUGAUCAGAGCCAAGUCUGACGGGACACUGAGGACUUUGAUGAAUGUCCAAACACUGUUUGAUAGGAUUAAGUCUUCCGAGACCAUAUGGUUCAUCGAUGAGGACCAAUUGGUGGUGAAUCUGAAGAAAGUAGAGCAAGAGUUGAAAUGGCCUGAUAUAGAUGAAUCCUGGGAAUCCCUUACUUCUGGGAUCACCCAGUUAUUGACAGGGAUCAGUGUCCACAUUGUUGGUGAUUCCACAGACAUUAAUGAGGCAGUUGCUAAAGAGAUAGCUGAGGGCAUUGGGUACCUUCCGGUUUGCACAAGUGAGCUGUUAGAGAGCGCCACUCAAAAAUCGAUUGAUACAUGGGUGGCUUCCGAAGGAGUGGACUCGGUAGCUGAAGCAGAAUCAGUUGUCUUGGAAAGCCUUAGCAGCCAUGUCCGCACUGUAGUUGCAACUCUGGGGGGCAAGCAAGGAGCAGCCAGCAGAUUCGACCGAUGGCAGUACCUUCAUUCUGGGUUCACGGUUUGGCUAUCGGUGUCCAACGCAAGUGACGAAGCUGCUGCGAGAGAAGAAGCCCGAAAAAGCGUGAGCAGUGGAAGCGUUUCAUACGCGAAGGCGGACGUGGUGGUGAAGCUUGGCGGGUGGGACCCGGAGUACACGCGAGCUGUUGCGCAGGGCUGCCUCGUCGCCCUCAAGCAGCUAACCUUAGCAGACAAGAAGCUGGCAGGGAAGAAGAGCCUCUACAUCAGGCUAGGUUGCAGAGGCGAUUGGCCCAACAUCGAGCCUCCAGGCUGGGACCCUGAAUCCGACGCCGCACCAACCAACAUCUGA